UUACAGUUUGGCUUGAGUAUAAAAGCCACUGCAUGAUCAACAGACGACAUCACAAAACCAAGUCGAUUCAUACCGAAUCCAACAAAAUCUAUUCAGCAAUGGUGUUCAAGUUUGUCAGUCUCUUCGCCGUGAUGGCAGUAGCUAACGCUGGUUUUAUCCCAGCAACACCACUGGCCUAUGCUGCAGCGCCAAUAGCCAAAGUUGCUGCUGCACCACUUAUCACCAAAACCAUUGACGCCGAAUACGAUCCUCACCCCCAAUACAGCUAUGCCUACGAUGUCCAGGACUCACUGACCGGUGACUUUAAGAAUCAGCAUGAAACUCGUGAUGGAGACCUUGUCCAGGGUAGCUACUCUCUCCUCGAGGCAGAUGGCACACGUCGCACUGUUGACUACACCGCUGAUCCUAUCAAUGGAUUCAACGCCGUUGUCCGCAAGGAACCAGCCGCUGUCGCUGUUAAAGCCGCACCAAUUGCCGCUGCACCAUUAGCGUACGCACAGCCAGCUUACACCAAAUUGGCCACCCCAAUAGCACAUGCUCCAAUUGCUUAUACCGCACCACUUGCCAAGAUCGCUACACCCCUCGCAUAUGCUGCCCCCGCUGCAUAUACCAAGGUAGCCUCUGCUCCCCUUGGAUAUGCUCCAGGACACUUUGCAUACUCAGCACCGGCUGCAUACGCUGCUGCACCAGUACAUGCUGCACUUCCCGCAUACCUCCACUGAUUCUAGCUACCUCUGCCACUGCCAUUAUUAAUAUUUAUUCCCCUAAAUUUUCUCAGCAAAUGAAUAAAUGAUUUUUCAAAAAUA